CAGCGGGCACAGUGCGGUGUGUACAGUCGCGCGCGCUUCCUUCAGACGAGCUCAGACCACCGAACAGUGACACCGCGUACCACCGCGCACAAACUCCUCUCGACAAACACGAACAGUGAUCAUUGACAUUUCCCAAGUGAUUAAAAGUGGUAAACAGUGAUAAGCAGUGAUUUACUUUAUUUGUUCCAACCUCAUUAUAAAGAGAUGAGGCGGUGAGGCCACGUCACAGAGUAUUGGGAUUUGAAGUAACAUAAAACAGACACAAUGAAGAGGUUACAGAAAUUCUGUUAUUGCGCCUCGACGCGGACUGGCACGCUGCUCACAGCGUUCCUUGGAAUCGUGCUCUCUAUCGCCACCAUAAUCAUAGUAUGGGUCGUGAAGAAGCAUAGGAUCACAUUCAGCACAUUCAUCUUUGAUGAAGAUUUCGAUAGGAAACUUUCAGAUUUAGACAUUCCGAGGAUAAUAUUAACAAUUAAUUUAUGCUUCACUAUACUGAUAUGCACACUGCUGAUGAUAGCGGUACAUAAACGGCGGUCAUGGCUAAUGCUCCCGUGGGUAGUGCUGGGCAUCGUGCUGGCUAUCGGCCUGCUGAUCAGCGUGCUGCACACCUCCAUCACCUACUAUCUCGACAAGGAAGACCACGUCAUCAUCGCCACAAUCAUACUCAUAGGCGGACUCCUGUAUUUAUGUCUGUACCUCUACCUAUGGGCAGUGGUGUUCAGUCAUUACUUGGACGUCCGCGACGAAGAAGAACGAGGUCGAUACAGAAAGGCCCCCUACAGACGAUAAACAACCACCUACACUCAACUAGACUGCAUAAUAUUCGAAAAUCUCGUCACCCUCUAAUCUCAACGCUUUUACUCGUAAUAUGUUUAAUGUAAGAGAAUAAUUGUUUAUAAGUACAGAUUGUGACGUACCUAACAGUGCCUUAUCUAGAUAUUAAAAUUAUUACAUGCAUAGUUGUUGUAUUUCGAUGGUAUUUUUAUAGUGAAUGUAAAGUAUGAUUACAUCGAAAUGACCUAGUGUUGGUGUGUUGAAAGCACAAUCGAAUGUCAGGUCAACCUAACAAGGUUUAUAUUUCACACGAGUUAGAUAUCAUACUGCCUUUAAGUGCCUUAAUCGAAUGUCCUCUGGGGACAAAAAUUUAAAAUUUUAUAGUUGAAAACUACAUACGUUCUAAUUGUCUAUAGUAUCUACUUACUUCACUUACUUAACUAAGUAGGUACCUACAUAUUUACCUACCUACAACAAAUUAAUUUUCAAGUUAUACUUAUAAAUAUAGAGUACCUGAAUAGGUACCUAAUGUAUAAAUGUCCAAUUAUCUACUUACACAGGCAUGUAAAAUGUAUAAUAACGUAAAUGCUAUACACAUGAAGAUAUUAAGUUACCAAGAUGAUACAUAAUACAUGCCACAUAUAAUUUUCAAAGGUAUCUGUUUCGUAAUAAAGAAUACAACUCUAUAAAUGUUUAAUAACUUAUUUUUAUAUUUAUUUAACAAGUUUUAUUAUUAAGUAUAAAAAAUAUUGAUUAAGUUUAAGAAUUGAUGUUUAAUAAACUUUUAGGAAUUAAAUAAA